UUCAGAAGAAAAUUUUUGGAAACUCGAGCUCAUAAAGGACUUCUUCGUAUUGCUAUAAAUGGACUUAAAGAUGAUGAUGGGAAGCCAGUAACUGAGGGACAAAGAAUUGGCAGUCAACACAAAGCCUUGGACACUUUAAUUUGGAUUUUAGAGGAAUGGAAGUCUAAUGUGCACUCUUCUGAGCUUCAAAAAGUUUGGUUCUACGUCACUCCUCUUUCUGCUAAAUUUCCUCAGUUGGUUGACACUUAUUGGUCGAUGUUGGUCUAAACAAUGGGUAAACAGUUUACACAGCAAAUUGUCUCGAGAAUAUGGACUUUCUGGAUUUAUUUUUGAUGAGGUUUUGAUUUUUUUGACUUAUUUUAUUUUUAAAAUCUUACAAGAAAAACUCACAAACUGUGAGUCACAAUUUUGUAUUUUUUAA